AUGGCUAACAUCCACAAUGUGACUGAAUUCCUUUUUCUGGGACUUUCUCCCACCUGGGAGGUGCAGAGGGUUUGCUUUGUGAUAUUUCUGCUCUUGUACACAGCGAUCAUCCUGGGGAAUCUCCUCAUCGUGCUCACCGUGGCCACCAGCAGGAGCCUGGGGUCCCCCAUGUACUUCUUCCUCUGCCAUCUGUCUUUUGUGGAGAUCUGCUACUCCUCCUCCACGGCCCCCAAACUCAUCUCGGACCUGCUGACUGAAAGGAAAGCCAUAUCUCUAUGGGGCUGCAUGGCACAGGUUUUCUUCCUCCACCACUUUGGUGGCAUUGAGAUGUUCCUGCUCACGGUGAUGGCCUAUGACCGCUAUGUGGCCAUCUGCAGGCCCCUGCACUACAUCAGCAUCAUGAACCGGAAGGUGUGCAUAGUCCUGGUGGGAACAGCAUGGCUGGGAGGCUUCGUGCAUUCGUUGGGCCAGAUCCUUCUCAUCUUCCACUUGCCCUUCUGCGGCCCCAACAUCAUUGACCACUAUUUCUGUGACAUCCUUCCCCUGCUUAAACUCGCCUGCGCAGACACCUACCUCAUUGGGCUGCUGAUCGUUGCCAACGGGGGCACCCUGUCUGUGGUCAGUUUUGCGGUCCUCUUGGCAUCCUAUGUGGUCAUUCUGUGGCACCUGAGGACACAGAGCGCUGAGGGGCGGCGCAAAGCCCUCUCCACCUGCGGCUCCCACGUCACCGUGGUCACCCUGUUCUUUGUGCCCUGUGUCUUCAUCUACCUGAGGCCUUCUGCCACACUGCCCGUGGACAAAUUGGUGGCGGUGUUCUACACGGUGAUAACUCCCCUCCUGAACCCCAUCAUCUACUCCCUGAGGAAUGCGGAAGUGAAGAAGGCGGUGAAGAAGCUGUGGAUCAGGACGACAAAACUAAACGCAAACUAG